AUGCUCUCUUCCUCAUUUGGUGUUCUGAGACCAAUGAAUCUCACACCAGGUAAUGGUAUGAUUGGAAAAAACUCUGUUAGUUUGAUUAGAAAUGAGAUCAGUAGUGGCACUUCCUUUUCAUCCAUUCUAACAUUAUUCCCACUACAAAGGAGAUGGAAAUCCAGAGGUAACACAUAUCAACCAAGUACAUUGAAAAGGAAAAGGAAGUUUGGAUUCUUGGCAAGGAUGACCAACAAAAGGACUGCAAAGAUAAUAAAGAGAAGGAAAGAAAAGGGUAGAUGGUACUUGACCCAUUAA